AUGUACGCAACAAAUCGCAGCAGAAGCUGGUGUAUACUCUCCGUGCUCUUCACGAUUGGGAGUUUAACAAACUUUGUUACUGCGAUAAAACUUUAUCCAAGUCCCGCAUCAUUACCAUCGCAAGUCCCCGCAGGAUGCAGGGCGGCAUUGUCAACCGACAUCACUUGUGGUCCUCGAUUCAUCCUGGCAUCUGACCUCGUACGUGAGAUUCCGUUCAAUAACACCUUUCUUGGGGAUUACUGUAGUUCUGCAUGUUCUACCUCAUUUAAUUCAUUUACAACAAACAUCAACACUCGAUGCGGCAACACUGUCUACGACUUCGGAUACAACAACAACAAGACGGGUAAUGAUCUAAUCGCGCCUCUGAAGUGGGCCCGCGACAUGGCAUGUCUUACUGGCACAUCGUCAAUCGAUUACUGUCUCCCAAAGAUACACAAUCACAGUGUUGGAUACUGCGACGACUGCACUCUUAAAUAUUUUGCGGGUAUGUUGAGCAAUGCAGCUGGAGCUAGGGUGAUCAGCGAGAAGGGAUUCUCGUCGAUUGCCUCUUCGUGCAACGUUUCGCCUACGAAGUAUCCACAUUCGACUAUCACAAUACAAAAGCCACCGCCUGCCCUCGCUCUAGAUCGAUUCUUGUAUCAAAACAGCAUCGAUUUCGGCUGCAAGACGCUCAAUGUUGGCAAUAGUGUGUGUAUCAGAGAUGCUUGCAAGACAUACACGAUCCAAGCCAAUCAAACUUGCAAGGCUAUAGCUAGUCGGCUUGGAUUUACGAGGACCGAAUUGGUUCAAUGGAACCCAAUCUUGGAGUCUAAUUGUGAUAAGCUGGAUGUAUUGAAAGGACGCACCGUCUGUAUAACUCCACCAGGAACUAAGAGCUACAGUUUCACACCAACAGCGACAUGGAACGAUACGUGGACCUGGCCAGAUGGUUCUUGGGUUACUGGUCCAACUGCAGGUGUGCCUCUCGCAAACAGAACCACAACAUUAAGCGGCGAGUUUUCGAUGACAACCGAAACAUUGUCAUUGGUGGAAAGUCCCAUAGCAUCGUUAGCCGAUUACUUCAAGUACUGCCCGCUUACAGAUCAGAUAUGGGAUGAUGGAUUCGACUGGGAAGGAUUGAGCACAGGGUGCACAAACCUGUUGAACAAGUAUUGCAAUCCAGUUUUGACGGGCACGCCACUACCUAGUACUUCGUUCCCUCCGAACUGUUUCCCUCCUUAUCCUACGGAUUAG